AUGUCUGUCCUGGUGAGAGGCCCGGUAUGCCCCUUACAGGCUGGGGUGUUCACCGGCCAAGAUCAAAACCGAGAGUUUGAUUGGGUUGCGCCGCCUGCCCCCAUCAAGGCACCCGGCGUGAUUGGCCAUGAUACGCCGUCGGCUGGGGCGGCCGAGCGGCGCUUCGGCGGCCUGAUUUGUCUCCGUUGGUAUUGGCGAUCCAAAAUUACGUCAAACGUGAAAAAGCCGACCUGCGAGAUGGCAGACAGCGGCAAGUUGCUGGAGGCCCCCACGGCGGCCCACGCGCGGGUUGCGCCCGUCUCAACGCCGUCCAAGCCGAAGAAGGUCCAUUACCCUUUUUGGUUUGGAGGUUCGGCGUCAUGUUUCGCGGCCGCUGUGACGCAUCCGUUAGAUCUAGUGAAGGUGCGGUUACAAACGCGCGCACCGGAUGCCCCGAGAACAAUGAUUGGCACCUUUGGACAUAUCGUGAGAAAUAAUGGAGUUUUUGGAUUAUACAGUGGUCUCUCUGCCGCCAUGCUGCGCCAAAUGACCUAUUCUACCACAAGAUUCGGUAUAUACGAAGAACUCAAAUCUUAUUUUGCCAAAACCUCUCCCAACUCGUCUUCUUCCUCGCCCGGCCUCCUCACUCUACUUGGCGUGGCUACUGCCUCAGGCUUCAUCGGCGGCAUUGCGGGCAAUCCGGCCGAUGUGCUCAAUGUGCGCAUGCAGCAUGACGCCUCGCUACCCCCGGAACAGCGCCGUAACUACCGCCAUGCCCUCCACGGCUUGGUUCAAAUGACUCGCUCUGAAGGCGUGAGCUCGCUCUUCCGUGGCGUCUGGCCAAACUCGACGCGUGCGAUCCUUAUGACCGCAUCUCAAUUGGCCUCAUACGAUACCUUCAAGCGGCUGUGCAUUGAGUCCGCUGGCAUGAGCGAUAACCUUGCCACACAUUUCACAGCCUCCUUCAUGGCUGGCUUUGUCGCGACCACCGUUUGUAGCCCGGUUGACGUGAUCAAGACCCGGAUCAUGACCGCCUCGCCGGCCGAGAGCCGCGGCCACAGCAUGAUCGGCCUGCUGCGUGAUAUUUGCCGCAAGGAAGGUCUUGCGUGGACCUUCCGUGGUUGGGUCCCCAGCUUCAUCCGACUGGGUCCUCAUACUAUUGCCACAUUCAUUUUCCUGGAGGAGCAUAAGAAGCUUUACCGGAAACUGAAGGGCAUUUAA